GAGUUCGAGGAGGAUUAUUUUAAAGCUUCGUUUUGUGGCAUCGAGAAAUCAGUCGCUUAGCUGCUGGGAUGGACGCCAUGGCUGCUACUGCUGCUGCUACUGCUGCUGCUCUGGGAGGCGAGAUCUCGAUGACCAACAAGACGAGGAGGAGAAGAAUCUUCGCUGCUCGGCCAUCAAAUGCAUCGCCCAAGUCGGGCAAUCAGGCACUGUGCUGUUCGAAGAGCUCUCCAACUUACAUUCAAGAGUUUGAGAGCCGGAGCAGCGCAGACGAGGUGAGAAGGGAGAUCUUGAGCUGCUAUGAUCUCGUGCACAAGCUUGGCCGUGGAGCCGUGUACCUGGGAUCAGCGAGAACAAAACCAGACCAUCCUCACUUCCUUCAAGCGAUGGAGCUCGGGCGAGAGGUUGCUUUGCUGCUUGACUGCACGUCCUGGUGUGGAGCUGGCCCAGGAUUAAUGGACGCUGCCACCAAAGGAGCUCUCGAGGCCGGGAAGCCGGUGGGAGGAUUUAGAAUCCACAACGAGGGCGGUGUGUGGACGAACACUUUGAGCCAUCCUUACAUGGUCUCGGGAACUUACCUCACCUGCAGAUUCUUCUCAGCGCGAAAGCACGGCCUCGUUGAUGCGGGAGUACGUAACGCUCCGUCCGAUCGCACCGCGUUCCUGGCUUUGCCCGGCGGCGUUGGAAGCUUGGACGAGAUCUUCGAGGUGCUGACUUUGAUCCAGCUGCGGCGGAUCGGCUCCAGCUUCCCGGUGCCGUUCCUGUUGAUAAACUACGAUGGAUUCUACGAUCACUUGCUGGAGUUCCUGGCUACGUGCAGAGAGUGGGGGACUGUGGCCGAGGGAGAAGUGGAGGCGCUGUGGAGAGUUUGCAGGAACAACUCCGAGGCGCUCGACUACCUGGCCGAGUUCUACGGCAUCAGUGACAGAAAAUCUUCCAUGAGAUCCUUUGAGAACUCAUUGCAAAGCUGACAAGAAACACGAAAGAUGUUUGAUCAUCCAAAGUUGGAAGAACAUGUGGGGUAAACUCUCCAAGUUUCUCUCGAUUCAAGACAUCUUUACACUGCGAGA